AUGGAUUCAUCUGAGAACCCCUUCAGCAAUCUCGACCUCUGGUGCGAUUGGUCGGGGGAUCCCAGCGACACGGUCGAGGUCCGCAUGUCGAUCGAGGUCUGGUGCACACCAAAUACCCAACUAACCGUACUCGACAUCUCACAUCCAUCCGUCGCCCAUGUCGUCGAUUUUGCACUGAGUCUCAAGUCCGCCAGGCCAGAUGAUAUCAGACGACUACGGGAGUUCCACGCAGACCCAUAUGACUCUCCGAUACCGAGCGAUGAGGCCAAGGCACCUGUAACGCCUGAGCAGGAGACCAGCCAUGCCAGUCUGACACCUGGGCCUCCGGGCUUGCAGGCGGAUGCUCACACACCCUCGGAUUCAGGCAGUGUAGUCCGGGCUGGUCAUACCCCCGAUGGAUCCCCGAGAGGGAAUUCGCUGCUGGAUGCCUUGUAUGCCAGUCUAUACCAGGAUAGUCCAGCCUGGGAGGGGACUGUCGAUGCGGAUCAGUCACCACAGAACCCACGCAAGCGGAAUGCGAAGGCAGCCUCCUUGCCAGACUCGGUGACUGAUUCGGAGAGAUCGUACGGCGGUGGGAAGGUCAAGAACAAGAACCGGAUACUUAACAAGGAGCGACAGUCACCGGUAUCGUCGACGGCCUCCAAGCAUUCACGGUCGCGAAGUCUGAUACCUAGGCCAGUGAAUGUGGCCAUCCAGACACAUACAGACCCUGCUAGGGUCCCGUUGCUGAGAGAUUCAGCACUCUUGUUGGGUGUGGACUUGGACAGAUUUGAAAACAGCCGGUCACCAAUCAAUAAGGAAAAUUUGAACAAGCAGAGUCAAGUGGAACACAAGGAUGUCGGAGAGAGAUCCCCCCGAGAAAUAUUGACGCCCUUAAUGAGUUCUCCGACGAAGACCGGCCUGGAUACGGAUGUCGGUGAGGAAGGCAAGUCCCUGCCAGACGGAGAAGACGUGGAGAAGCUUUCCACAGUGGCAUCCGCCGGUAGCCCGUGUGACACAGCCUUGCUGUCGGAUUCAGUGGACACAUCAUUCGGGGGAAUCUCGACCCAGGGUAUUCUCUUCGUACACCCUCCCACUCCACCGCGUACCAUCAACAGACCUCGUCUCGUCCUCGUCGAUAGGGUGUUCCAAGUCCGUUGCUCAGCCAACGUUGAACCAGCCUCGUACCUGGCCACCGUUACUUUCCUCUUGCAUCUACAGCCUGGCAGACCGCGCGGCUGGUUCGAGCUCGUCGUCACAGGCCUGCCUAGCCUGUCCGCAAAUGACCAUGGCUACGUAUACCUCCGAACACCGGAUGGCCAAGGAAUGGAGUUUCGCACCAUGCACUUCAAGCGGUACAGGCUCGUUGACAGCUGCCUGAUGGCUCAAUUUAGCAUUCCAUCAAAGCUCGUCAUCCCCCUUCGACCCUGCGACGCGCGCUUCUACGGCUUCCUGCGGGACUUCAAAGUAAACCAGACCAUCCGCGCCGACGUGACAGAAGACAAGGAAGACCCACAGUCGUGCACAGUCACAUACACCGCCGUCUGCUCGCUAGAUCUCAUCCAGCGCGGCUUCUGGGCCGAGCGGUGCGGCUUCUACAUCUACGUGCACGGCGGGCCCGACGGCGAGUACACCUGCCAUCUGCAGACUCCGAGAACUAGCUUCCAGACCAUCCAGCUGCACUCGGGGCCAGACUCGGAGAUUGGCAUUGCGCAGCUGCAGGUUAUCUGCGCGCCGGUGAAUCUGAGCAUGUUUGCCGUUGCUUGGGAGGUGAGACUGUCCCGCCCGAAGGCUAGUAGCUGGGUGCCGCGCAUCACGGCUAUGCUGGAGGGAUACGGUCUCGAGGAUGAGUUGCAAGACAAGUACCUUGAUGCCGACAAGGACAUAAAGGAAAUUGUGCGUGGUGAAGUCAAGUCCAGGCCUGUUAUUCUGAAGGAAUUGCGUCGGAAGAGCGGGUUCUGCUCUUGGUUCGCGAGGAUUUGCGGCUUUUUCGUGCUCCUGCUUUCAUUUUGCCUGUCUGUUUGGUAUUGGACUGGGUGCUCCGAUGCUGUUCUGCACGACUGUUUGAAGAUGGAUCGUCUUUCUGUGGGCUCCGUGGUUAGUACUCAGUGGAGGUCCUGGGAGGUACUUGAACUUCGUUCCACGGAAACGCCUCCCCAGGAAACGCCCUCCCAGGUUGCGGAACUGACUGGCGCUGCGGUACCUGAGGAGAAGCCCGUCUUGGCUCCUAUCUCUGUGCUGGAGAUUGACCUGCAGCCACAGAAGCGGAUCUUACUGCCUCCAGCGCCGUUGUCUUUGCGGGACCGGGUCGAUUAUUUCCUGGGGUGGAAGGGUCCUCUGCCGGGAGGUGGAGGUGGGGCAUGA